GCUUCCUACAACCUCGGCCUGAUUUAUCCCCGAGACUUGGGGUCAUCCCCAAGCAGCCAAGAUCCCCUAAAAGAUUCCUAGGAUUAGUACUGCGGAGAUCCUGGAGAACGCUACGCGUCUCCAUACGGGUCCUCGCUCAGCUUCCGAUGCGUAGCCUCUGCAGCUGAAUAUUUUCCUAGCUAAGCUAAGAGACCUAUCGACUAUUAGGGGCUGGGGAGAUUUUUUCGGGCCAGAGAUGUCCGCAAGAGCACGUCGACGACCUCGGGUACUAUCCCUGACCGUCAAAAGACAAAAGGGUUAAAUGGCCCAACAUGGAUUUGAACAACAGUAUCCUGAUCUUUGAUAGUGAUGAAAAACCUCCUUUUUAACUUAAUAUCAUGGCGCGCUUUCUCAUUAUUGGUAUUGCAUUGAUCGCCGCCUUGGGCGGGCUCAUCUAUGGCAUAGACAGCGGUAUCAUCGGGACGACCUUGGGUCAAGAUAGUUUCAAGCUUUACAUGUUUGGACCAUCUAAAGCAAACGCAUCUCUCUCAGGUGCAAUCGUCUCUUGUUACAAUGCCGGCCAAGCUCUUGGAAGCGCAUCUGCAGGCUACCUCGCCGAUAGAUUCAGCAGAAAGUAUACUAUCCUUAUGGCUGCAAUUCUUGCUGCGGGAAGUGCAGCAAUACAAGCUGGUGCCAUAAACAUUGGGAUGAUGGUUGCCGGCCGUGCCAUCGCGGGCUUUGCUUGCGGGCAGAUACUAAGUGUCGUGCCGGUCUACAUUUCCGAGAUCUCACCCCCAAAGCAACGAGGUUUUGUCGUCGGCUUGCAAGGAAUGGCAAUCGCUUGCGGGUUUGCUGCGGCCAACUGGAUAGGAUAUGGAGGGUCAUAUGCCUCCGGUAAUGCUCAAUGGAGAAUCACCCUAUCCAUGCAGAUACCAGCUGCUGUCUGUCUGGCUAUUGGAAUCUUAUUCGUUCCAUUCUCUCCUCGAUGGCUAAUCCAAAAAGAUCGCUUUGAAGAAGCACAACGAGUCCUAUUAAGACUCCACGAUGCAGAAGAUAACCACGACAUCGUCAACCAGGAGAUCAUCCAGAUACGGGAACAAAUCAAUCUCGAGAAAAUGCAAAACGACUCAUCUUGGUUCUCAGCAAUCGCCAAGCUCUUCUCCCGACAAUACGUGCGCCGCACAGUAACAGCCUCGUUCAUCCUCGCGAUGACCCAGCUCAGCGGCUCGCAGAUCAUCCAGAACUUCCAGAACAUCUUCUACGCAACCGCGGGCUUCAAGGGGCAGCAAGCUCUCCUGAUCUCCGGUGUGUACGGGAUGAUGGGCGUGAUCGGGCAGGUCCUAUACCUCGUCUUUGUCGCAGACAAAUGGCCCCGCGCGAGGACAAUGUGGACUGGGUCCCUGGUCCUGUGCGUGAUGAUCGCCAUCUGCAUGGCGCUGAGCGCGGUGUACGGCGGACAGAGCGGCGGCGACCUUUCGGGUGCGAGGGGCGCGAUCGCGUUUAUCUUCCUGUACUCGAUGGCGUACGCCGUGUUCUUCAACGCCGUGGUGUGGGUCCUUACCGCGGAACUAUUCCCAUUCUUCCUCCGCUCGAAGGGCGUUGCCGUGGCUGUGUUUAUAAAGGCCGUUGUUGCUAUUGUGCUAUCCCAGAUCACACCGCUCGCUAUUGCGGCUGUUAGUUGGAGGUACUAUUCCCUCUUCAUCGCGACGAAUUUCGCGGCCGCGGUUGUCUAUUUUUUCUUCCUGCCUGAGACGUCGGGGAAAUCACUUGAGGAGAUUGCGGAACUGUUUGGCGAUACGUUGGCUACGGGCCAUAUUGGGGAGAUUGAUGUCGAUGCAAAGGGCAUUGAGUUGGGUGAGCCGAUUGUUGAGACGAGGAGUAGGGUUUAA